UCAGAAACCUCAGGAGUGGAAACUGGAGCUGGCUAAAUGAGGAGACUGAGAGGGGGCGAGGAGCCACGGGUGUAGUGGAGACUAGGACUGGGACAGGGCAGAAGGGGUCAGGCUUCGGGGGCAUGGGUCAAAGAGUCUACGUUCACUACAGCAGUGAUUCUCAACAAGGGGCAUGUGUAGCCCUGGGGAUACUCAGAGGUCUUCCGGGGGUACCUCCACUCACCCAGAUAUUUACCUUGUUUUCCAACAGGCUCCAUAAAAAGCACGAGCGCAGUCAGGACAAGCUAAAAUUUCAUACAGACAACGACUUGUUUACACUGCUCUAUACGCUACACGCGGAAAUACACACGAACGCUAUGGACCACGGACAGGAACCACAAGGGCCACCAGGAGACAGCAGUCAGGCUCCUUUCAGGACAGCACAGGGAAUCGGGACCAACGCCACAAUGAAGACGGGAUCAGGUAAUAGGCAGUUCCCCACUGAGUUCCCUCCCUGCUGAGCAGCAGCAGCCGCAGCUCUGUGCCACUGAAGGAGCCUGCUAGCCAGGCAAGGUGAGAAGCAGAAUUAGGAUUUCAUCAUGGGUGGCGCUAGCCUCAGCCCCGCCCCUUCUGCCUGAGGCCCCGCCCUUCUACCUCCCCACUGCGGCUAACGGCCUCAAGCCCCGCCCCAGGCUAGCCCCCCAGCCCCAGAGCACGGGAAGGCGGGCAGCGCGUGGCCCCAGACCCCCAGCCUUGGAGCACGGGAAGGCGGGCAGGUGGUGCGGUCGCAGUCCACACAGCCCUGGCCAGAGCACAGGGGGACUGGAGGUCAGAGCCACACGCACGUAGAUCGGUAAUAAGGAGGGGGCCUGGGCAUGGCAGAGCGAGGGUGGGGCCACGCCUGGCUAUUUGGGGAUUUACAGCUUCCCCCAGCCUAUGGGACCCACCACCCAUGAAUUUCAUUAUUUCCAAGAGUCAAGUGGCAGACAAAGCUGGGCAAAAUCUGUGCUUAAGAAUAACUUAAUGGAGGGCUGCAUGGCCCAGAGAAGAUAUGAAGAGGGGAGACAAAAUCUUCCCUUUCAGGUCACCAAGUCAGCUCUGACCCCAGGUAGGUAGCUACCAAAAGUCAUAUGUGUAGGAUGUAUUGUAUGAAAUGAGUUGGUGGUCUCAGUCCAGUUCCCAGUGGAUUGGUUCAUAGCUGUCUGAACAGCAAGGCCAAAAAGUAAAUGGAGGUUGGUGACAAAGUGGGGAUUUUUCCCUUGUUAUGUUUUUCAUGAAUACUGUGUGUGCCUCAGUUUCCCUAUGUGCUGCACCAAUACCUCGGUUGUGGGAAUAGGGGUGUGUGACUUUGGCUGAGACCUCUGGGGCAGCUGCUCCAGCUGCCUGCACAUAUGCUAUGCUUCAUAACCUGAGACCCAGGAGGGGGAUGCAACCAGGUGACACUUCGCCCAGAAAGCAAGACAAAGACAAGGAGAAGGAGCAACGGGGGUGUCCAAGGUUAGAUCCCUGGUAGCUGGGCAGUCUGCUUGGGGGGGACUGGAAGAGGGGGAGCCCAGGCCGCCUGGCCCAGGGCUCCCCAAGAUGGACUUGGGUGAAAGUCACUGAUUUCUGUGCAAACAAGUUCUGUUCUAUGCUUUGUUCCUGUCGACUAAUAAUCAUUCUGUUUUAUGUUGGCUGAGAGUCAUUUAUGACUGCGGAGUUGGGGUACAGGGCCCUCUGGCUUCCCUAGGAGCCCGGCCUGAGUGGACUCACUGCAAGAAGUUCACAGUGUGGAAGGGGAUGCUGUGUAACCUUCUUGCCCAGGAGACAAUAUGGUCAGAGAGAGGAGGCUCCCCCAGAGUCCUGACUGGCUUUGUAUGGAGUAGUUCCAGAACAUCGCCCCGGUGUCUCUGUGACAAGGCUGAACCACCAAUCAACAGAUUCCUGUGUAAGCAGUGUCAGGAUGAGCUCCACCCUGACAUCUGGUGGUGAGGUGUGGCAAAUUGUGGAAAAGAACUUCAGGGGCUGAUCUCAUUUGCAUAGGCACACCCACCCCACCUAG